AUGACAGGAUGGAGUGGACUGUUUAUAGAAGUCCCUCUGUAUAGAUUGGCAUUCAAAGUGUGCUGUCAUCUGCAGGGACCACAGGGAUUUCUUCAGAGAGCCUGCCAGGGAGUGAGUUGUGUGCCAAGGGACUCCAGAGCAGCUGGAAUCGUGGAAGAAAAAAGGAAGAACUUCAUCAGCCAAAGCCUUGUCCUGGGAGAAGUGCUCUGCAUGGUGGAUGUGGCCAUGUCUAUAAAGUGUGGAAUCCUUUUAUUGUUAUUUGGUGGUGCAGUCAGCAAUCUUGGAAGUCCUGAACAUGUUACCAAGUGGUUUCCAUCAAUCAAGGAGCAGAAGUAUACUGGGAUGUUUGCAAUGACCGAGAAGGGCCACGGGAGCAACGUGAGAGGGAUCCAGACUGAGGCCACCUUUGACCUUGACAAUCAGGAGUUUGUGAUUGACACACCGUGUGAAAAUGCCCAGAAGAUGUACAUCGGCAACGCCAUGCAUGGGAACUAUGCUGCUGUCUUCGCCCAGCUCAUCAUUGAGGGAAAGUCUCAAGGGCCCCACUGUUUUAUUGUUCCUAUCAGGGAUGAAAGUGGAAACUUGUACCCAGGAGUGACAGCUAUUGACAUGAUGCACAAAGAAGGUAUGAAUGGUGUGGAUAAUGGAAUUUUGAUAUUUGACAAGGUUCGGAUUCCAAGAGAGAACCUGCUGGAUAAGUUUGGUUCUGUGGCUCCAGAUGGAAAGUACCAUUCACCUAUUCAAAGCAAGAGCGCAAGAUUCAAUGCAAUGCUGGCAACGCUGACCCCUUCAAGACUAGCAGUGACUUUCCAAGCUAUGGGCGCCAUGAAGCUUGGACUGACGAUAGCCAUCCGCUAUAGCCACAGCCGAAGGCAGUUUGGGCCCAAGGGCCAAGAAGAGGUGAAGAUCAUUGAGCACCAAAUGCAGGCACUCAGGCUGAUGCCUCACCUGGCCACAGCCCUGGCUCUGACCUUCACCAGCAGGCAUGCUGGCUACAUCCUGGAUGAAGACAUCUUCCAGGGAAGGGAGCUCAUCAACAGGCGAUCGCUACAGGCACUGAUGGCUGGGCUGAAAGCUUACAGUACGUGGGAGACUGUCAGCUGCCUACAGGACUGCCGUGAAUGUACGGGAGGCAUGGGUUACAUGAUGGAAAACCGAAUCUCAGGCCUGAAAUGUGACACAGAUGUAUUUGUAACCUUUGAAGGUGACAAUGCGGUCAUGCUUCAGGUUGUGGCCCGGGAACUGCUGGCCCAGUACAGCAAGCAGCAUAAGAAAAACCCACUCUUGGGUCUGAUCAGGAACUGGACUGCAACUGCCCGAGACAAGCUGAGAACCAGUUUCCUGAUGUUUAACACUGACACAGUAGGACAUCUUGCUUUUCUGCUGAAAGCAGUGAAUUUUCGAGAGAGGGUUCUUCAGAGGAGUCUGGUGUCCAGAAUUUACUAUAAGGUGGUGACUGAGAAGGGGGACUUCUUCAGAGCCUGGAACUCCUGUAUGCACCAUGUCACCUCAUUGUCUCUGGCACACAUUCACAGAGUUGCACUAGAGCAGUUCACGAUGGCAGUGAGGCACUGUCCCAACAGGGAGGACCAGGCUUUGCUAAUGAAGUUCUGUCUGCUGUAUGGAACGAAGCUGGUGUUCCAGGAGCGGGGCUGGUACUUAGAACAUGAAUUCCUGACUCCGGCUGCCAGCAAGCAGAUCAGGGCUCAGUUGCUGAAUUUGUGCGAGUCCGUGAAGGAUGACGCCCUGAAGGUGAUCUCUGCGUUCAAUAUUCCACACAGCACCAUCCGCGCACCAAUAGCGGGAAUCCCCAACCCCGGGGCUGCAGAGGCCUUCCACCCGGCGCCCACGCAGCCGCUCGUGCGGGAUGGCGCGCGCUCCCGACUGGCCAAGCUGUGAGCCAGGCGAGAAAUGUAGUGUCCCAUCUUCCAAGUAUUUGGUCAGAGCUGGAGCAGAGGACAAAGUGGCAGGUGCGGGGCAGCCACCUUGGGGAUAUUAGUCAGGCAGAGGAGGUCCAGCUAAGGCUGGCAAGGAGCAGGACAACUUGUCCGGGAGAGGGAGCCCUAGAUGGAUGCCCUAAGUAGCACAGUGACUUAUCCAGGUCACCUAAGCAAGCCCUUGCCUUGACUUCUCCCAGCCAUGGCCCUGGAUCCCCAGACAAUGGUCUCGCCCACCCGCACGGUGUCACCAAAGAUCUCUACUGUCAGCGGUGACUCAGAUUCCCAGAGACUUCGAAAAUCUCUGGCGCUGGGUGAAAAAAAAAAUCAAAACAUAAAAAUCAAACACCCUUAGGCAAAGGGGGUGGAGGAGAGCUCCACCCUCUCCAAGCUCGGGCAAAAGUUCAACGAGGGAUGAUUAGUGAAUCAGCUCUGUGAGGAAAUGCGCCGGCGAGAGCCGAGAGCUUGAGCCCGGAGUCGUCCUAGUCUUAGCAGGUGGGCGAUCUCCGGACCGCAGGACCAUGCGCAACAAACGGUCCUCGGCGCUAAACUGUUACCCACCCUUCAGAGAUGUGCAAAGUUUAAUAAAUGAUAGAAAGGUGCUCCGGCGGCUUGGAGAGGUAGGGAUGGCGGGCCUGGGGAAUUGUUGGAAUAAAGUGAUUUUGGAAUUUGGAGAUUA